AGACUCCGCGGCGGGCGAUGAGGAUGGAGGCUGGGGAGGCAACGCCGCUGACAGGGGCGGGCGGCCGCGCGGCGGGCGGCUGGGGCAAGUGGGUGCGGCUCAACGUCGGGGGCACAGUGUUCCUAACCACGCGGCAGACGCUGUGCCGGGAGCAGAAGUCCUUCCUCAGCCGCCUGUGCCAGGGCGAGGAGCUGCAGUCGGACCGGGAUGAAACGGGGGCCUACCUCAUCGACCGUGACCCUACCUAUUUUGGCCCCAUCCUGAACUUCCUCCGGCAUGGCAAGCUGGUGCUGGACAAGGACAUGGCUGAGGAGGGGGUCCUGGAGGAAGCUGAGUUCUACAACAUUGGCCCCCUGAUCCGCAUCAUCAAAGACCGGAUGGAGGAGAAGGACUACACUGUCACACAGGUGCCGCCCAAGCACGUGUACCGCGUGCUGCAGUGUCAGGAGGAAGAGCUCACGCAGAUGGUCUCCACCAUGUCCGACGGCUGGCGCUUCGAGCAGCUGGUGAACAUCGGCUCCUCCUACAACUAUGGCAGUGAGGACCAGGCAGAGUUCCUGUGUGUGGUGUCCAAGGAGCUCUAUAGCUCCCCACACGGGCUGAGCUCCGAGUCCAGCCGCAAAACCAAGAGCACGGAGGAGCAGCUGGAGGAGCAGCAUCAGGAGGAGGUGGAGGAGGUGGAGGUGGAACAGGUGCAGGUGGAGGCAGAUACGCAGGAGAAAGCCCAGUCAUCUCAGGAUCCCGCUAACCUUUUCUCCCUCCCACCACUGCCUCCUCCGCUUCCCGCUGGAGGUGCCCGUCCACACCCUCUCAGACCUGAGGCUGAGCUUGCAGUGAGGGCUUCUCCUCGGCCCUUUGCCCGCCCCCAGAGCCGCCGUCACUGCUGUUACAAGCCAGAGGUACCCGGAUAUGAGGCCUCAGAUCACCUCCAGGGACUUGGGGUUCCAAUCUAAAAUCCUUUAUUUUUGUACCAUGGGGUGGGCCCCUGGCCUGAGGCGGAGGAAGCACGCUCCCCCUUGCCACCUCUGUCUGCACCUGUGGGGGU